AUGACUACUACUAUUGAGCUUUGGAAAAAGAUUUUAUGCUGCGGUUUAAAGAAAUCGUCUUCACGAGCGGAUCGUGUUGCUCAAGGUCAUGUAAGGGUUUAUGUUGGUAAACAAGAAUUCCCAUGCAGAUUUGAGGUUGAAGCUAAUUACCUGAACCAUCCUCUCUUUGAGAAUUUACUUGAACUGUCAAGUGAAGAAUUCGGAUAUUCUUAUGAUGGUGCAUUGAGGAUAGCAUGUGAAAUUGAUCUUUUCAAAUAUCUUCUUGAUCUUCUUAAAUCAAGAAACCCUGCUGCGCAUUACAUGGACUUGCAUGAUCUUAUGUCUAAGUUCAAUGAUCGCUGA